AUGAAGAGGACCAAGAAUGAACAAACCCCCUCGGACGAAGAUAAGUACGAAAAAUACUCCCUAUACAAGAGUGACAAGGCCACUCCCGGGACACACAUACCUCCUCCCUCCUCAGCCAUCACGAACCAAGUAGAGUCCGUCUAUUUUGUGAACUACAGAGCUGUUGUUGUGAAGACGAAGCGGUAUUAUGUCACUCAGAAUUCGUAUAUGCUCUUCGGAGAUGUCUUCAAAAUAUAUAACUUAAAAGGAGAAAUAAAAAAAAUACAUGCAUUUUUUCCAGGGGAUGAGAAUAAUCUGUCUGAUACCCUCAUUAUGUUGAAGACGACGGUAAUCGCUGUGACGACAUCCAAGACGGAAGCGUUACGUGUAGCCGACGGAAUUGAGAUGACAUGCAAAAUUUGCCGCAAGAAGAGGAAGGCCACCAAGUUCUCCAUAGAGGGUUUCCUCAGGAAGGUCAGGUGUGACACAUGCAGAGUCAAACCGAAGAAUCUAAUAAACAAAAUGAGACGGGUGAAUAAUGCAAAGGGGGAACAACAAACAUUCCCUGCCGUGUCUUCUAACAGCACUAACGAUUCCUCUUGCACAACCUCCGCUGCGACUGGAAUGACCACUAGUACUAAUAACCCCUCUCGCGCCGGGAGGAAGAGUGCCCCUCUUUGCAACGACCUCUCCAAUUCGAGUAAGGUCCGUUGUUUCAGCAGCGGAGCAGCAGGAGGGGAUGAACCUUCAAGUGGUGCGACAGGGGGGGCAGCAGCGGGUGCAGCUAACGGUGCAUCCAGUGGAGGUUCUAGCGGAGCUCCGAAUGGGCCAUCAGUGGCAACUCCAAAUGGCCCAUCCACCCUUGGAGGCAGCAACGAAAUAGGAAGCAACAGUGUAGGAAAUAGCAGCGUAGGGAAUAGCGGCGUAACAAACAGACGCGUGGGAAACAUCCGCGUAGGGAACGACGGAGCCGGCGAAAGCUCUCGCAUGCACAGUGGUGAGGCGAACCCCAGCGGUAAACCCAGCAGUGGCGGUACCCCCCAGAACGGAGGCCUCACCGCAAGCGCCGCCUCGGGCCAGCAGCAACAGCAGCAGCGCCACCAGCAGCGCAUAUGUUCUUACGACUCGAAGAAUGCCAGUAACGGAAUCGGCGCCCACUCCUUCCUCAAGAGCAGCUGUUACAUGGCUGCCAGCGAAGCGUGCCCAGCUAGCCGAAGCAACCACAAUGAACAUGAUGCGAAGAAUCCAGACGAAAUUAUUUCCAUGAUAAUAGAGCUAAUCAAGUACAUCUCGUGGAUGCAGAAGGCCCUAAUCAGAGCGUCCAGAGGAAACUACGUCAUAGAUCACACCGAAAUUAACAUCGAAAAAAUUUCCAAAGUAGUUCAUUCAGCUCAGGUGUUAUGUAAUAAACUGUUAAGACAAAAGUCUCUGAUAGAUCAAACAGGAUCAAACACUCGAAAUGCUAGCGACUUCAUUCCUAUGUAUAACACCAGCGCGAAUAAUUUGAGAAUAAAAUAUACUAAUCUGUAUGAGAACAAAAUGAACGCUAUGCAUAGCAGACCGAUGGAAACCAAUCUGACCAACUCUAAUUCAGUCAGUCUUUUUAGCAACAUUAUCAAUCAGAACACAUUGAGCCUUCCUAACAGCGGUACUGCUCAGAGGAACGUCUCUGCCACGCCCUCCUGUAGUAGCGCUGGCAGCGGUGGCGGUGUUGGCAGUGACAGUGUCGGUUGUGGCGGUCCAAAUGACAGCGCGUCGAACAGCACCAUCGGAGAGGCCACAUCCAACGAAAGCGGACAAAACGGAACAAGCCCCACCAGCCUAUCCAAUUUAACGAGUGUCACGAAUUUGACAAGCGUCACUAAUUUAACCAACGCGCCAGGCAACGGAAACAACAGCAGCGUCACCAUGAAGACGGAUUCCCCACUCAAUAGCUUCAGCAACAUGAGCACUGGGAAUAUUUUACCGUACUAUUCGAAUGCCUGCCAAAUUACCUGCGUCCCACCCUCACCAUGCUCCACCCGAAAUGAUAACCGAAUGAGCCAUUUUAUAAAAGAGGAAAAUAAUUACCUGUACAGGAGUAAUCAAAGUGAAGAUUUCUCAAACAGCAUACAAAGUAACAACAAAAAUGGCUACUACAGUGACAAACAAGACAUUGUCUUCUCAGCACUCUCUAAGCAGUACAACUCAAACGUCAACAUAUCCUUUAACAAUAUAAACAAUUCCGUGUCGAAUUUUUACAGGGCCGUUUCGAAAAACUACAACAUUAGGGAUACCAUUUUGAAUUUGGACAAGUAG